AUGUCAUCGCACGCAACGCCAGAUCGAUCUCCUCCUCCUCUGAACCUAUGGAAGGAUAUUGAUGACCUAGUCGAAGGAAUCCAGUCCAUGCAAGACAAUCUCACUCGAUUACAAUCCUCCAAAGGCCGCGAAUUAUUCCCAAACGUACCUCUCCUCCACGACCAGGUCUAUCUCCUCUUGACUACCAAACUACACCUUUCGCUCAAGAACGCGGAUACUUUCUUGAUGAAGGCUAACGAAUCCGGCUGGCUUCGAGAACAGAUUAACUGUCCAGACACAAAGAAUCAGAAUCGCCCUGCCGACUACUACCGGCUGAACCGCCACUGCUCGCUCGUGAUCAGCCAGCUCGAGGAAGCCACCUCCAUCUGCAUCCAGGUGCUAGCAGGCCAGUACCGGCAACCUGAGGACGGCGAGGACCGUCUUGACAGACCAAUAGAGGCCCCGUCCUACGACCGGCUAACGCGCAGCCAGCUCCCCAAGCCCUGCGACUACAACGACCCUUCCCGCAGCCUCAUCAUCGACCCGCGAUACGUCCCGAAGCCCAAAGUCGACAUGCCUACCCCCCCGCACGAGAUCGUCAUGUACGACGAGCGCUUCCGCACCGAGCUGCCGGAGCCAGUCCACGCUGCACGACAAAACGACCCGUACCACGAGCCGCUGGAGGUCGCGACGCAGGCCUACCCCAAGCUGGACAUGAGGCUGCCCUCUGUUCCUGAGCUGCUGUGGGGCAUCGGCUCGGACGGACGGCAGGUGAUCGCUCGGCAUAUCGAGCCCGUCGGAGUCGUGAGACCAAAUUUUCCGCGCAGAGGAAGCGAGGACCGCAGGGAUGACGGCCGCUCGCUUCACGGGCAAGUAGAUGCCUUGCCCUGCUUACGUGAAGUAUUGAUAAAUGGCUGUUAUAGGUUCGAGGAUGCACGCCAUUUCAGAAACCUCCCACCGCCCAGCCGGAAGCGACGCCGCGACCCCUACGCCGACCAAGCUACCCUUGCCUCUCUAGAUGCCCUCCACCUCAAGCGCACCAUGCGCACAUCCGACCACCGCUACGCCGUCAUGCGCGAGCUCCCCGACGAUACCGACCUCACUACUGCCCGUGGUAUCGGCGAGCGCGACGCGAAUGCAGGAACCCAGGCCCGCGCUUUCGAGUUCUUGCAUGAUCGCAGUCGUACAUAUAAGGUUGAGGAGCAUUGGAGGCCGGUGGGGGUGGAUGGUAGGGGGGAUAGGGGUGGGGGUGGGGAGGGGACGGUGAAGGAGGAGGAGGAUGAGGAGGGGGAGAGGAGUUGGGCGGAUGGGGGGAUGUGGGAGAGGGAGAGGGAGAGUUGGGGGGAUGGGGGGAUGUGGGAGGGGUGGUGA